GAAGAAGAAUGAGCACGACCGGGGAAGAACGUCAGUUAUGUGCGACACAGCGUGCUGAAGGACAAGCAGAAUCAAGUGGAGGCACGAAAUAACUUCAGACAGAGCUGAAAGCCAGAUCAAUGAUUAUCGGGGAAAAAAGCAGGCUUUCCUCUGGAGAUUGUCAUCAUGGCGGUGGCAUCUUUAUCCCGAGCUCUGCGGUCCCUGUCCCUCUCCUGGCCGGCUCUAUUACCAACCCAGACAGCAGGACAAACGGUGCUCCGGGCCCAGACCAGCUCCAUGUUUCUAACCUGCUCUGGGUGGAGAGGCUUCCUGACUACAUCCUGUCUGGAGCAGAACAGAAACGCAUGGAAACAGAGGGAGAAAUACACUGUUAGACCUAUAGGCAUGAAGAAGACUGGAGGCAGAGAUCACUCUGGUAGGGUUCGUACACAUGGCAUUGGAGGAGGCCAUAAACAGAGAUACCGUUGGAUUGACUUCCAACGUCUCCGCUAUGAACCAGGCAGAGAGGAGCAGACCUUCGAGGAGAGGGUGAUGGAGGUCCGGUAUGACCCCUGCAGAUCUGCAGAAAUAGCUCUGGUGGCAGGAGGCAAGAGGAAGCGUUGGAUUAUUGCUACAGAGAACAUGCAAGUUGGAGACCUCAUUAAAACCUCUGGGACUAUCGGCCGCAUGGCAGUUUCGGCUAAAGAAGGAGACUCGUUCCCCCUGGGAGCUCUUCCUGUUGGAACUCUGGUCAACAACCUGGAACUGUAUCCUGGGAAAGGAGCCACCUACAUCCGUGCUGCAGGUACGAGUGGCGUGUUACUUCGUAAAGUCAGCGGAACAGCGAUUGUACAGCUGCCAUCUAAACAGCAGAUUCAGGUGAUUGAGACAUGCAUGGCCACAGUGGGAAGGGUGUCCAACAUCGAUCACAACAAACGGAUCAUUGGUAAAGCUGGCAGGAACCGUUGGCUCGGCAUCCGGCCCUCCAGCGGCUUGUGGAAGAGGAAAGGUGGCUGGGCCGGACGCAAGAUCAAACCACUUCCCCCCAUGAAGAGUUAUAUUAACCUGCCUUUAGUGUCUGCCAACUAAAUGUGCUAAACUCUGUAUGCAACAGGACAUUGCAGGAGACGCCACCUCUUCUUUUUAGAUCGAUCAGAGGCAGUGAUGUUAAUGGACAGAGCUGUCAGUGUUUUCAAUUAUGUAGUCUUGUGACAAUGUUUUGGUCUGUUAUGACAUGGAUUUUGUGAAAUGAAAUGAUUGAACGGUCUGAAGUGUUGGUAAAGAAUGAGGCUUGGGAUGUAGACAAGGUUUCAAACAUUAAACACAGCUGCUCCUGGGGAGGGCAACACAUUUACAUCCAUAGUGAAACAUUCAAAGGUUAACCCAUGUUUUCUUAAAUGGUAUUUACAAAUGUCAUAUCUGUUAUUUACAAAUGUCAUAUCUGUUAAAACAACAAGGUUUGUGCAAAGACACCUGGGAUGCAUUUUCAAAAGUGGAAUGAGUGAGUUGCUUGACUAGUUGUCAGAAUAUUUAGGACAGUUGGCUAAUACCUGCUAGAGGGGUUGGGGUUAGUUGGUUGGGCUUAACAAUAGCCUUAUAGUUAUUCAUAGAUAGUGGUCUAUUAUAGAGUGGGGCAGUCAAGCUCUUGGAAUCUUCAUAUGGAUUAAACAGCCUAUCAAAGUUAUUCCAUA